UAAAUGCCUUCCAAACAUGAUUAUUAGGACCUUAGCAUGAAUGACACGACUCCAGCGUUACCUACGCGCACAUGGCCUGAACACAGGGAUCCGUGUCUUUACAUACAUUAACACAGCAUGCUGUGCAGCCUUAAAGGUCGUCGGCGUACUUGUUAUGGCGCUGGGAGGUGUGCUGUAUAGGCAAGCUGCCACUGGCUCCGGCUCAGGAUUCAAAGUGCAUGGCCAGGCUGUCUCCCUGAACUCCCCCGGCACAUCUCCGCUACUGCCGCUGCUAGUGCUCGGCAGCACGGGCCUUGUCCAGGUGUCGGCGGCCUGGACGGGGCUGGGGGCCUGCCACUGGCACCUGCCCUGGCUGCUCAAUGUCCAGCUGGGGCUCCUGGCGCUACUACUGGCCAGCCAGAUGUGCAUCACGGCCGCAGUGGUGUCGGCGUCUGAAGCCAAAGCCGGUAUUGGCCGGGUGGCGGGGCUGCCACACGCGCCAUCCAGUGGACGGGAGGUCUUGUUUGACGCGCUGAGGUCGCACUGGGGCCCCGGCAUUGCGGUCGUGGCAGUGGAAGUGACAACAUUGCUCGUCGCGUGUUUGCUACACGCCAUGUACAUACGGGCAGACGAAGCCGCGGAAGAAGCGGAAGAGCUAGGAGCCACCCGCCAGGGAGAUGCAUCAGCGCCGUUGCUUACUCCUAGGCGCAAUGAACAUAUGGCGACCAGCGGACAACGGACGGGCAUCGCAUCACAGCCUACCCGACAUGCGAGCCAACGGGUGUGAGAUGAGCACCUGAAUUCCUCGCACCGAUGUGGCCGGCCUUGAGGCAUGCUCUGUAUGCGGGCGGGGUUUGUUUGUCAUACUUUGCAGUGCACUUGCGGUCCCUUCCUGCUGAGAAGCUCAGUAGUCGAUGUGUUACGUCGAGGCGCAAUCCCAGCAUACUUUGUAACGUGUAAUAAUCGGCGCUUGCGAAAGUCACGGGUUGCCCACCAUGAGGACAUACUUGUCCCCGGGGACCCGUGCGCCGCUGCCGUGAGGGUUGGCUACGCUGACUGUACACUAUUGUGCGCAUCAGGUCAUGACUGUGCACUAUUGUUGGCUAUGCUGACUGUACACUAUUGUGCGCAUAAGGUCAUGACUACCGUAGAUAUGUUGCGGUCAAAGCGGUUGGUAAGGGCUUUCGCACAUUCACGCUGUCAGUGGGAAGACCUAUGUGGGUUGUACGCUUAUUUGCUUGGGAGCAGAUUGCCUGACGUGGGGGUUUCGAAGGGGGAUGCUGCCACAUACAAGAUGCCUGUUCACAGCAGCGAGAUACUGAGCGAGUUGCAACCUAAAUGGCAUGUCUGCGUCGUGCGUGAUUGCCAUGUAUUGCUGGCUACCAAGCCGCCAUGGGGACUGGGGAGGGAAUAAGGGGUUAUCGGUAAUCGCCAAAAGGCUCACAGCCAGGACAUGCGGUAGGUGCGGGCGUGCGGCACAACAUGAAGUCCAAAGGGGCAAGAGGGAGCGGGAUGCCCCUUAACGUAGGGGUAUGUGUCCUGGCGCGAACCGCUUCGAACCCAUACUUUGCUCAAGGGCAGUCCGUGAAGUGGGUAACGUGGGCCUUGUUUCAGGUUGUUCGUCCUCAGACUGUGGAGGGCGUGUGUGGAGGGGCUCAGCCCCUUUUCCCGUGACCGGGGAACACUUGUCAGCUUUUUUGGACCCACCGA